AUGGAAUUAUUCAAGCGCGAAGAGGAAAAGACGAUCUCGACGUUAAAAGCCAUUAUUUAUGGUUGUCAAACAUAUGGAUCGAUACCGCAUCAUUUACAUGAACGUUUAACAAAGGUCGUCAGUGCUGCUAGAUCGAUCGUCGCUACUUAUUCAUUUCACGGCUCAAUCGGUGGUAUCUCAGAUGUGAGGGCCUAUCUCUCAGUUUGGCUUAAAGAUCUGGGAGUUUUACGUUUAUAUCAAACGAUUCUAUUGGAAAGUAUUUCCUUGAUACUCGAUCCAGCUACACCCAACUUUAGGAAAUGCUCGGAAAUGGAUGAUUUUCCGCAUUUGAUUAUACGCAUUUACUCCAGAUUAGAAGGCUACCAGAACCUUAUAAACGAUAAAAUAUUAGCCAAGUUUUUUGUAGACUUUGAUUUUACAUUUAGGGCCGUAUACAAUAAGGCAAACUGUACCACUUACACCUAUGAUAACGUUCAUCUUAUAUCGGACGAAGCGUAUCCAUUGGUUGCGUCUAUGAAGAUAAAUCCUACGCAUGUCAUCAAAAGAGGUUAUUUUAGACUCUCAAUCCCGACAUUAAACGUUUCCGAUAUAUUAGUCGAGAUCCUUCAUAUACCCGAUGGAUUGGCAUUUUUCAAAGUUUGCUCUGGCAAUCUGCCCAAUUCGGAUGAUUCUAUCAAAACUAUUUUCAACAGCGUUUCUGAAGAGAAUCACCAAAUCCUAGAAUUGGGAAAAAGUUUGCUGUAUCCGAUUUUCAGGAUUGGAGAUUUAGAGAUCAACAACAUUAAUGAAAUCGGAGCAGUGAUAACGUUUUCCGAAGUGGAAAACUUAAAAUUGGAAAUACUUAGCCUGGAUCAAAUCUCAUGGAUAACACAAUGGAAAUCGAGUUUCCAAAAGUUCGCAGCAAAGGCGGCUAAUGACAGUACAUUCAUCAAAGGCCACAUGAGAUUCAAUAAACUAAACAACAUUGAUGAAAUUAAUAUUGGGCUAGGCCUCAAUCUCGAUGUGGAGGCCCAAGGAGAGAACUUCGUACCAUUCUCUGCAGAAAACAAAAGAUCCUUGCCCUCAAAUACAGUUUGCUCAUUACACAGGUCAAAACCUCUACAAAUUCCUUUAUCGUUUGCUAUUCAAAACGAUUUUGAUGAUAUUUCUUUGAAGGGGCAUAUAUCCCUCGAUGAAGAUAUCAGUGAUGAAUCUAUUAGUGGUUUAGAGAGUAGUAUAUCAGACUAUGAGUUUCAUGACAACACGUUUGGUAGUUACCAAUCAAUUUCUUACCCUUCUACGGAUGUAGAAAAUAACUCAAUGGACAUGGUAAUCACCGAUGAAAACACUGUCCUUUCUAUCAAGAAUGUUCGAAUAAGUCAUUGGUCAAACAACUCGUGGAAAAAAAUCUCUUCGGCUCAAUUGCAACUCAGUGUUAUUCGACUACGUAUGGGAAGCUUUAUGGUAGCUCAUGACCCUGAGUUCAAGAAUCUCCACCAUUUGAUUAUUCGUUUGAGUGAUGAUAUAAAAUGUACGCAAUCAACAAAACAGGACAUACAAUUACGUGUCCCACCAAACGAAUUAAUGUGCACCUUGACCGGCAUUCUGAAUAUCAGGUCUAGCGACAACGAUAAGUUACUACCAUUAUUAAACUUUUAUACGACAUGCCAUGUGGAAACUAUGUCACAUUCAAGCACCAUGGAAUCUGUUUCAAGUGAAGUUUCCUCUGUUUCAUCAGCGAUGGAACACAGGCAUUCGAUACUGAAGUGCUCUUCAGUAAUAAUACCCCAUACUUUGACGCAGGACGUCAUCGAUUCAACACUUGACUAG